GCGAGAUUCACGUCGUCAGUGCGGAAAAGCCCGUUCCCAGAACAAGUACCUCCCACAUAUUUCGUUUUCCAUUUUUCCGAAAAGAAAAACAAACGGAAAAUCGCGAUCGUUGCCGGCUUAAAAAAUAAAUAUAUCGAAGCGCGUGUGUUUUUUGGCAUUUGUUUCUUUUUUUUCUGGAGUGCACUCGAUUUUGGGGCCAGCAAAAGUGCUGAAAGUGCUCGCGGGCUCACAAAACGCUGCUGCACCUGUCUCACCUGAGCGCUUCAAGCCACAAAAGUGUAAAGUGCAGCGCGACUCUUUGCUGUUCCGUCGUUUUUAUUUAUUUGUUUUUUGCUUCGCGAUUUCGAGAUCCCCGAGAUUCAGCAAGAAUUCUGCGAGCGUAAGCGAGUGUUUUGAUACUGCUGCCGCGCUCUAAUUGCCAGGUUUCGUGUGUAGAAUUCUUCGGCCGCUUCUUUUUCUUCUUCUUGGGACGCCCGCACCGCAAAUGAGCUGCCUGUGAAGAAGCCCCAACAAAAUGAUGACGAUGACAGCAGCCUCGGCCUCGAUAUCCGCAUCCACAUCCGCAUCGGCAUCGAUAACAAAUUCGGCGUCGACGGACUGCAGCAGCAGCAUGCAGGGAUCGACGACCAGCUCGGCGUCCAGCGAUGUGAUGACCCUGACGACCACGGCGGCCUCCUCGUGGUGCGCCAUUCCGGCGAGCUCCCGCCUGCGGGUCCUGCGCCUGGUCAGGCCUCACCAGCGGCGUCUGCUGGUCGGCGGACCGGAGAGGGGCAGCACCUACGGAUUCGCGGUGCGCGGCGGUAGGGAGCACGGCACCGGUUUCUUUGUGUCCCACGUGGAGCACGGCGGCGAGGCGCAGUUGAAGGGUCUGCGGAUUGGCGACCAGAUCCUGCGGAUCAACGGCUUUCGCCUGGACGAUGCCGUGCACAAGGAGUUCAUCCAACUGGUGGCUGGCCAGGAUCGGGUCACGCUGAAGGUGCGCGGCGUGGGAAUGCUGCCAGUGAGGGACCAACCGGAGGAGCGUUUGUCCUGGAGCGUGGUCAAGUUGCCCAGUGUGAGUGGCACUCCCUCGGAGAGUUCCUUCAAGGGCGAGCGACGCGGCGGCGCCAGCCGGGACAUCAGUGUGGUGCUCCAUGUGGCGCCCAGGACGAAGCUGGGCCUGGGCAUUUGCAAGGGUCCCGAAUGGAAGCCCGGCAUCUUUGUGCAGUUCACCAAGGAGCGGAGUGUCGCAAGGGAAGCGGGUCUGCGCCCGGGUGACCAGAUACUCAGCGUGAACAGCAUCGACUUCUCCGAUGUGCUCUUCAGCGAGGCGGUGGCCGUGAUGAAGAGCAGCAGCAAGCUGGACAUGGUGGUGCGCACGGCGGCGGGAUGUGACCUCUUCCCAGGCGAAUCGAGUGGCUACAACAGCUCGGCCAGCUCGGUGACGGGCGAUCAGAGUCCCUGCUGGGCGGAUGCCAAGUCCAAGAGAUUGACGGCGGUCAGGGAGGAGUCCGCCGGAGGAGGAUCAGGAUCGGGAAAUGGUAGCACCAACUGGUCGCAGGGCGUCGAGGUGCACAAGCAGAUGAACAAGACCAUCAUCAAGCUGACGGAGAAUGGUACCUCCAUAAACAACACCUACAUAGCCAGUAAUUCCGUUUCCGGUUCUGGUUCUGGUUCUGGUUCCUCCGCCAGCGGAACUUCCGGUCGCAGCCUGCAAUCGCAAUCGAAUCCUUCCCGCAAUUCAACUACCAUGAAGCGCAGCCACCUAAGGCCAGUUAAUACUGCGGGAUUAGCAGGCGGAUCAGGAUCGGGAUUAGGAGGAGUCAUUGCUGCACCUGCUCCACCGCCACCGGCCAUCAAUGAGGGAGCCUGUACCAGCGGCUCAGCUGGCAGCAGUCUCUCCAGUGCCAUAACCGAGGAGCUCAAGAAGCGCAAAGAGCAGCAGCAGCAGCAGCAACAUCAGCAGCGCAACAAUCGCGAUCGAGAUAGAGAUCGAGAUGAAAAUGGAAACGUGGAUCGUCAGCUGGCGGGGCACAAUGGAAAUGGAAAUGGAGGUGGAAAUGGAAAUGGAGGUGGAAAUGGAAGUGGAAGUGGAGGCCACCGCAGCUCCGGCGGACAAGUGUCGCAUCGCCAGCGGGCGAAUGUUGCUGGCGUGGCUGCAACAUUGCAGAGCAGCGAACGCAUCAGCAAUUUGGGAGGCGGCGGCGGAGGAGGAGGAGGAGGAGGAGGAGCGGGUGGAUCCAAUGGAGCUGGCGGAGAUCAGCACACGGCGCUGAUGGACGAAUUCAAGCGGGCGCACCAGCGAAUGUUCAGGAACGGGUUCCAUGAGAGCGAGCACAAGUUGUCCAGUCUUGAAGAGAAUUCGCUGGGGAAUAGAUCGCAUUACGGCCGGAAAAUGAGUUUGUUGCGGGUGAAAAACGGGAGAGGAGGCGGUGGAGGGGAAGGCGGAGAGGGGUCAGGGGUCAUGCCCACAAUGCGACCCGUGAGCAUGGGUCGACCCCUGGUGACCAUGUCCACCUAUCAGGAGCGCGUUGAAACGCUGAAACGCACCUCGAUUAUGCCCGAUGAGAGCUGUUAUCGGAAUAGUAUCAACAGCAACGGCUUCAGCAGCAACAGGAGCAACAGCAACGGCAGCAGCAACGUCAACAGCAACCCGAGCAACAGCAACAGCAGCGACACGAGCAACAAUAAUCGCCUGCAGCCACAAAACGGAUUUAGUCCGGCGAACGGCAAUGGAUCGCCGGAACUUCCGCCACCGCCACCACAGUUCGCCAAUCCCCAGCCAAAGCAGAUGCCGCCCCAGCAGCUCAAGCUGAUCACCGGAAAUGGAGCGGCGAACGGAAACGGAAGUGGAGGUGGAGGUGGGAUAGGACUGGGCAACGGCAGCUUGGCCAAGGUCAAGCAGCCCAUGUCGCCCAUGCGCAGUGCCAGCAUCAGUGUGGGCGGAUUCCGGCCACCAGCCACGCCCCAGCCCGACUACGAUGCAGUCCAACUGAGAUCGCCCACGGGAACAGGAUCGGGAUCGGGAUCAGGAUCGGGAUCCACGAGUCAGCAGCAGAGAAGAACCCUGCGAUUGGGCACGGUGACCAUCGGGGAGUACGGAGAUCCGAGGACGACGGCGACGGGAAAGCGGGAAACGCUGCGCAAAACGAACGGGGAGCCGGGCUCCAAUGGGAUCCUAAAGAACGGAACCAACCGGAGCAGCGCCAGCUUCAAUCACGGCUCCUCCCACCAGCCGGAAAAGUCCAUCAAGUUCGGCAACUGAUUGAUAUAACCCGAAUAUAUAUAUAUUUACCUUUGUGCAAUAUGCUCGAUGAUUGAGGAGAGUACAAACAAAUCGGACGUGCAGCGGCUUUCCAUAUGCAUAUACUACAUAUCUAUCAUAUCCAUUAUCUUAUAUCAUUUUUUUUUUUUGCUUACUUCUAACUUUUAUUGUAUUUUUUUGAAACGAUUUGUUGGAAAUAUUCUAUCACUAGUUGCUAUUAUUUAACGAACACUGUAAAUAAACCACUGGCGAGUGUGUGUGCGAGUGUUUCCAAUAAAGCAUAUAUAUAUAUGUAUGUACCUUA